AUGGAAAGUGACAACGUAGGGAUCUUCAACCCCUGGGGCAGCUUCAAAGAUCAAAGGAGAGNCCAGCCUGACGGCCAGAUGCCAAGUGACAAGGCCAUUGGGGGAGGAGACGACUCCUUCAACACCUUCUUCAGUGAGACAGGAGCUGGCAAGCACGUGCCCCAGGCAGUGUUCGUAGACCUAGAGCCCACGGUUAUUGAUGAAGUUCGCACUGGUACCUACCGCCAGCUCUUCCACCCUGAGCAGCUCAUCACAGGCAAGGAAGAUACUGCCAAUAACUAUGCCCGUGGCCACUACACCAUUGGCAAGGAGAUCAUCGACCUCGUCUUGGACAGAAUUCGCAAGCUGGCCGACCAGUGCACAGGUCUUCAGGGCUUCUUGGUCUUCCACAGCUUUGGCGGGGGAACUGGCUCUGGGUUUACCUCCCUGCUGAUGGAGAGGCUCUCUGUUGAUUACGGAAAGAAGUCCAAGCUGGAGUUCUCCAUCUAUCCAGCCCCCCAGGUUUCCACCGCUGUGGUUGAGCCCUACAACUCCAUCCUCACCACCCACACCACCCUGGAGCACUCUGAUUGUGCCUUCAUGGUGGACAACGAGGCCAUCUAUGACAUCUGUCGUAGGAACCUCGACAUUAAGCGCCCCAACUACACCAACCUCCUCAUUGGCCAGAUUGUGUCCUCCAUCACUGCUUCCCUCAGAUUUGAUGGAGGCCUGAAUGUCGACCAGAUUAGAAAAUCUGAGACAACGUUUAAUUGUUCAGAAACACAGCAUUCAAAUGUGAUUGUUGAAUAG